AUGUUCAUUUUCAUCAAACAUGGAGAUAAUCAGCAGUUUUUGGUCAAUACUAAUUGCUCUGUACUCCUGUUGCUGCAUUACAUCCACAGUAAAGUGGCGUUGCCUAAAACAGACACCAUCGAUUUGUGUGAUGAAACGGGGACAAUGAAGAUGCUUUUUCUGAUGAAGACCCCUGGAGACUAUGCCAGCAAAUUCCUUACAACUCGAAGCACCUACUAUGUUUGUAAGGUGGAGUGUGGGAAACCAGGAACCCGACUCAGGAAUGUCUACAAAGCUUUUGUGCCACUCCUGAAGAAUCCAGAACCUAAGCUACUUGAUGCCCUGCAUACACAAUGUGACUCACUGGAGAAGAGCCGAGUGAAAAUACUUAGAAGCCAAGAAGCGAAGAAAGUCACUUCAGUUGAAUCCUCUGCCAACUCCAAAUCAGAUGGAGAGGGGCCCACUGGCAGGGGUCUGCUCUUUAGGACCAGAGCAGACUUUCUGAAUAGAAACAAUAAACAUCGCUAA